AUGGUCUUUGCUCACAUCAUUGCUUCUUUACCACUUGAAGUGCUCAUUGGCGCCUAUGACAUUUGGUUGUCUUCCUUGAUGGAGCUUUGUGGUGGCAUAAAUACAUGCUUCGAUGAAUAUGAAGUCAACCCGCCCACUUUGACGAUUUCGCAUCGCUUGUUCACAAGUCACCAUAUCAGCAGAUUGCUCUCUGGUCGCCAAUACUUCGAGUUGGAUAACGCAACAGCAUUAUUGCUCAACAAGGAUUGGAUGCAUGAACCACAUAUCAAAUAUGCUUGUGCUCAAGUCCAUCAUCAGGAUCAACCACAUUGCCAUCAUCAGGAUCAACCUAAUUUAUAUGAUCAAUGCAACGACGGCAAAAUCAAGCAGCUUCUGGUGGAUCUCACAGCACUCAUCGGCAAUCAGGCAAAAAUACCAGUAAUUAGAAACGUUGAAUUGAACCAUGCUAUGAAGAAAUGGCUGAAAUCAUACCUUCAUCAAUUUCAAAAGCCAAUCAGACUGUUAUAA